GUACGAACUUCUUAAUACCGUAGUGCUGCAGUGUCGGGUUCAUUGUGGGAUCAAUACGGGGAGAGAGCCCGUCGUGGUAGUGGCAGACCGAGUGCGAUUGGCCCUAACAAUCGAGCGCGGCGAUUGGCCAACGCCGGCACUGCCAGGAGGCGGAUCCUGUCGCGGCGUACCCGACGUAGCCCACGGGGUGAUGUGGAAAAGGGGGAGAGGUUACGUGUCGGCGUCCCCGCUUGCUCGAAAACGACAGCGACGGCGGUGGUAACGGUGAGGGGGACGACUUAGAAAAAGACAGCGACAGGUUCUAGCAAGAGAGGGUGACACACGGUGUCGCGUCCGGGUGGUUUCAGUCCGUGUCCACCCAUGAGAGACGCACCACCAGUGGUGACACGCUCCAUCCACGUUGCGAUGGUGAGGACCCGCUCUUUGUUCGCCAACUGUUUAUUCUCGUUCAUCGCGGAGGAGACCGCCUGUCUUCCGCGUCGAGUAGCGGCACGUCGUGAUUGGACGAUCGUGGCCUCACCAUCGCAGGGUCGCGCAUUGUCGAAAUCAGGUUGACAAGGUCGAAAAAUCGGUAGUGAUAGUUCCCGGUUGGAACAAGUCGCAAGACAACUUGUGUGUGUGUCGGUGUGUGCGCGUGUGUUAUACAUAUUUUGAACUUGUGUACAUUACGUAUAAUGUAUGACAUACGAGAUGAGAAACCGUCGAGGACGGUGAUAGCAAUUUUUCUUACCGAGUGAAGUAUCGACGAAGUGUUGAUGAAGAAGGUGAGAUUAAACAAAUUGACCGACACGGUGAGUCGACAAACUGCAAUAAAAAACAAUUAAAAUUUUUUAAAUCAAUAAGCACCGAUAAAAAAUAUGCAUAAAUCAAACAAGGUGAAGUUUUAGAGGAAGAUUUAUACAAAGAAAAAUUCUGUGCACGGUUAUCUAACAAAGGAGAUAAGUUGUAAAGAUUCAAGUUAUUUGUAACAAACUUCUGAAGGAAAAAGUUGCAAACAAAAAGAAAGGAGAUUUAUAGUAGUAAGAAGGCGUAAGAACUACCAUUAAAGCACGUCAGCUGCCUUCGUUUGUUCCGUCUAUCUUCGUCGUCUGCUUCGUCAGCUGAAGAUACGUUGUGAUUUAACAUAUUCAACUGAUGACGAUUGAAUUUUCCUAUUCCUAAGACGCGCUUAUUCAAGAAAAAGUAAGGAGAACGAUCAGCUUGUGCAAUAGUCUGCAUUGUCUUAGGUAUCUUGACGCACUAUCCAUGUGUAUGUCCAUGCGAGAGAGGGAUUUUUGUGAUAGUUUAGUGAUUUUUGAGAAAUAAAGAAAACAUGCAACUAUUUAUUCUUGUUAUCUAAAAUACGCUCUAAAUCUGUUAUGUUGUAGUGAAAGUGAUUAUAAUUACCUGAACGAACUUGAUGACAAGUUAUAAUAAUGAGCAAAUUUCUAAUUUUUUGCAAUUAUUCCUCCUGAUUUUGUUGCAAGACAAAUAUUUGUGAUUUUAUAAAACUGACUGAUUAAGCAGUUCUCACAAUAAUAAUAUAAUUAAAUAACAACUGACUCUUGAAUGAACGAGACAUCCUAAGUAAAAUCUGCAAACUAAGUAUUACCGAGAUUAUAAUAGACUGGACACACACACACACGUGUACGUAUGCGUAUAUAUCGUCGUAUGUAUUAAUUUAAUGUUACUCUGAUAAGUCUGGAUGUCGAGCGAAGGUGCAAAAAUUUAAAGAGAGAGAGAGAGGGAGAGAGCGCAAAACUUAAUAAUAAUACUUGGUGCAACUUUUUUACGAACAACACAAUGUAUCAAGUGUAACAUUAAUUUCUAACGUAUUUAGAGUUAGAAAAUAAUUUUAAAUAUAUUUGAACCAAGCCUAUCUGCACAUCGAGACGAAAAAAGAGGAUAUAUGCUGAAGGAUUGUUGGUUAACUCAUCAAACUACCUCUGCUGUCACUAUGCGUUUGCAACAGGAAUGGUUCUAAUGUCGAUCUAACGGAUUUAGUGAUACUGGAUGAUGGUGAAUGUUUGAGCCGAUCGCGGUGCGUCAUUGACAGAGCUAGAAGACGAAUCAAGAGAUAGUGUCGUUCGAAAGAGUAGUGCGACGUUCGGGUACGCAAGUCUGCAGGCCAGCUCUGGGGUGCCGGGCCCGGGUGGGGUGAUGAGCUGCUCCGAUGUGAUGUAUCAAUAUUAUCCUUACCUUUACCCUACCCCCCACCGGCCACCGCCGCCGCACCCAACCCACCCCCAUGCGGCCCCGCAUAGCCACCCCCACGCCAAUCCGCACGCGGCCCACCACAACCCGGCCAGACCGGCGCCCUUCCAAUCCUUCCCGGCGGCUACGGCGACGCAUCAAUAUGACAGGUUGAAUGUUCAUCAAAGGUCCCUGGAAGCAGCCAGCAUCGAGCUUUGCGGCGCCGGCGGAAGUGUUCCUCAAGGUCAACCAAGCAGCGCGGGUUCUGUAGGAUCCGCGCCGAGUCCUGCAUCCCCAAGGCCAACGCCGCAAUCGCGACCGCCUCUCUCUACCACCACCUCACAACCCUCACGUACACUGGAUGAUGAGAGAUCAACAGACGGAGUGGGUGCCGGUACCACCGAGGAUUCUGAUGAUGGCGAGAGUAGAGCGCAAUACGUUAACGCGAAUUGCGUGGUAUUCACGCAUUAUCGAGGCGACGCUGCAUCCGAAGUGGAAGAACACUUUCAGAGAGCCCUCGCUCACGACAAACUAAAGGAAAAUAUCUCCCCCAUGUCCAUGAGGAACUUUCCCCCUUCUUUUUGGAAUAGUCAGCAUCCCGGUGAUGUCUACGAGUACCCGACGGAUCCGUGGCAUCCGCAUUACUCGCAAUACCACCACAGGACUAUGCACGAGUACCACCAUCACAAUAUGGCGGCGAGCUACGGAGGUCUUCUGCUGGGUGGUGCACGCAGCCUUGGACAUCACACAUCUCACCACGCGGCGCAUCAUGCGCACGCCGCGGCGUCCUACAAAGAGUGGACGACGGCGACGCCGCCGCAGUCUCUCGUUGACGCUUCUUCGGCGCCGCCCUACCCUCAUGGUCAUUAUGCACCCCUUUCCGGACUCGAGUCUCAGGUCCAGGACUCCAAGGAUCUGUACUGGUUCUAGGAACGAGCGGUGAAGAUCGACAUGAUGAAUACAGUUUUUUUAAAACCGGAGAACGACUAAACGACUCUUGUGUCUUGAUCAAUGAAAAACUCAAGAACAUGAUUAGGUCGUAAAAAUGCCAACCGAAAGGCAAACGAGGAACUUUAUUGAGCAAUCGUGAUGACCGAACGCUUGUUGUUGGCGUGUACAUAGUGUUACCUACUCUUUUAAGGAUUAUAAGGAUCUUUUAAGGAUCCACUAUUAGCGUAAAGAAACUCAUAUAUAGUAUUAGAGACGAAUGCGCGAACUAUUACCUUCAUAGUGACUGCUGUUCGACAUUAAAGAAACAUUAGCCGUAAAAAUACUAUUGAGAAUUGUCUUCAGCUGGUACAAUAACGUAGUGCGAUCUAGACCGUCAAGACACUAUAUUUUCCAAAUAAUUAAUACGUAUUCUCGAUUUUUUGUUUUUUUAUAAAAUGCUUAUCAUGGGUUAAUUAAUUUAUAGAAUAUAAUGUGUAAAUGAAGAACUCAUGAGUUAUUGAAGAAUUUAUUUAAGAGUACAAAAGAAAGGAUUUUCGAGAAAAUCGAGACACUGCGCUGAAUUAGUAAAAUAUUAUUUGGCAAAUUUAGCAAACUACAAACUUAAAUAAAGUAUUUAUUGACCAAUGAUCUUGCCAUAUAUAGGGUGUUUGGUAAUAAAUGUACCAACGUUUGUGAAGAAGUAAAACGGAUUGAGUGAAUAAAAAAGUCUUAAAUCGUUUCGCAAUAUUCUUUAAUUAAUAUUUCGCGAAUAUAAUUAUCGCGAAGAUCGCAUAACAGUAUAGGACUUUUCUGUUCAGCUCUAUUCGUUCUACCCUUUCACAAGCGUUGGUACCUUUAUUAUUGGACAUCUUGUAUAUACAGAGUGCGAAAAAUGUUUCGAAACCUUUGAAUAUCAAAAAACAACGCAAUUUAGAAAAUAAUGUCCCAAACGAAAGAUGCAUAUGUACAGACAAAGAGAUGUAAAUAUAUAACUAUGUGUGAUAUACCUUGAAUAAAGCUAAUGCUAGUGUAAAUUAACUUUUAAAAUCCAUAACUCACAUGAAUCUCAAUGGAAAUAAAUAUCAUAAUGC